AUGAAUCUUCAUUCUAAUUCAACGAAAGUACACGUUGAUGGACUUUAUAUUUUAAUUGUACCAAAAAAUGAAUUUGGCCAAGAUUUAACUGAAUAUCAUGCGAACAAAAUGAGACGAGUACAACGUAAAGUCGAUGAUUUAAGAAAAUCAAUGUUAGUUCUAUAUCCUAUUAAUCUUAAUGUUAAUAUGGUUAUUAUGAUAACACCUGGUGAACAUAAUUUUGAUCGGUCAACAUUUAAUAUUAAUACUCUUAUUGAACAAAUCACUGCUAAUAUUGAUUCAAAACAAUUUUCUGAUUUACUUGAUUUUGGAAAAUUUCAAAAUUAUAGUACACUAUACGAACGAUGUCGGGAAUAUCGUCAAUUACAUUUGCAAGAAUCACUUCAAAAUACAUUAUUGACCGAAGAACAGAAAGAUCGUGUUAAGAUUCUUGAAACAAAAUUAGAUGUAUUCAAUUUGGCAUAUAUUCGUCAUAGUGUUGAAAUCGAGAUUGAAAAUAAAACAACAGAUUCAUCAUUGGAAAAUACUCAAAGAAAUAAUUAUCAUCGAUGGAAUUGGUGGUGGAGAAAAAAACAUAAACAUCAUCAUAAUCAUAGUCAUUAUCACAAUCAUAAUGAAAGAAUAAUGUCAAUAACAUCAUUGGAAGCAUAUCAUGAUGAUGGAUUUAGUUUUUAUUUUGAAGAUUUAUCAAAUAUAAUAAUUGAUAUAAGAAUAACUAAACUCGAUUUAAAUUUAGUAUCAUCAUCAUUAAUAAUAAAUAAAUUUGAAUUGAAUUUUCCAAAUUUUCGAUUAUAUGGUAUUGAAGAUAAUAAAUCAAAUCGUCGUUUAUUGGUUGAAUCAAUUUCAAAAUGUUUUUCUCCAUUAUUACAUAUUCAAUUCGAAUUAUUUCCAAUAAAUAUUAAACGAUCUGAUUAUCGUUUUCAUUUAAAUAUACAACCAAUAAGAAUUAUUUAUCAUGCCGCUAUGUUUAAUCGUAUUGUUGAAUGUUUUGAACCAAAUAUAAAUCAAAAUUCAUUUUCAUUGUCUGAGAUAAAACAACGUCAAUAUGAAGAAAUGGAAAAUGAUCUCUAUUAUCAGAAAGUAUUUGACAUGACAAUUGAACUAAAUCAUAUAUCAAUUAUUUUUCCAAAAAAUGGUCAUUAUAAUCAAAAUACUUCGAUGUUUAAUAUUGAUUUUAGACAAUUAACAUUAAAAUCAUGUUUAGAUGAAAAUCAAAUCGAUUCUCAGGAAAAAAAUCUUGAAGAACGAUUCUAUAUAAAAUAUAAACUUGAAAUAAAUGAUCUUCAAAUUAUAUAUUAUACUUCAGAUGGAUCACAUUUACAUUUAUUACGAAAAACUCCAUCAAUUGAUAUUUACUUUUACAAAUGUAUUUAUUUUGACGAUGCAAAUUUAGAUGAUUGGCAUAUUCAUUUAAAAACAAAUUCUAUCGGAGAAAGUCAAAUCUCAAAUAAAAUUCUUCAUGAAAUAAUUGAUCAUUUUAAAUCAAUACCACUAUUUAAUUCAACACUUUCGGAAAUUCUUUAUAGAAUAAAUCUUUAUUUUGAAAUUUUUCGGCCAAAUACCAGCCUUAAAGGAAACAUUUCAAUUCAUCAAUGUUCAACUAUUAUUCUAGUUAAUCAAAAAGUAUCAAUUAAAACUGGUUUGUAUAUUUCUAUAUCAAAAACAAGAAAGAAUAUCGAAGAAAUGAUCAUUAUCUUAAAAAAUUUAACAAUGACAACGAUUCAUAGUUUAUCGAAUUCAUUUUAUCUGAACGAACAUCUCAAAUUGAAUUAUAUUAAUAAUUCUACGAGAUUACAAUUAACAGAUUAA